AUGCCGCGCGGCAAACUUUCAAAGGGCGACGUGUUCUCGGUAGAGCAAACGCGGGAGGAUCAGCAGAACCUUGCUCGCAACGCAUCCGACGAGGACGAGGACGGGGAGAGGCAGACGGAUCGGGUGCAAGCGGAAGAGGAGGAGCGGGAAGAGGAGGAGCAGAGGCUGAGCCCCAAGAUUGAAGCGCUUCUCGUCGAUGAGCAGGAGGCUCAGCAGGCAGACAAGACAGUCAAGUCCGUCGUGUCUUCCACCUUCCUCUCAUGUUUGGAUGAGAUAGAAAGUGCCAUGAUCGCUGCUGGCAUCCCCGUCUUUCGCAUCGAUGGCACGACGAGCAUCCUCUAG